CCGCCGCGGCGUGGCCUACGGAUUAGUAGCUUGGUGCAGCUGCGAUAAAAACGCGGCGUGCUGUGCAAAAAAGGCAUUCCCCAACUUAGCGGCUCGUUGGUCACGUAGAGACACGUUCACUCAAGCCUCAUCAUGGUUCGCGAAGUGGAAAAUUUGGCAGAUUUCAAGGCCAUCCUUCAGGAAGCUGGAAACAAGCUGGUCGUGGUGGAUUUCACAGCCGCAUGGUGUGGUCCCUGUAAACAGAUUGGCCCAGCUUUUGAAGAAGAAUCGCGGAAGGCUGAGAACGUGAACGUGAUUUUCCUGAAGGUGGACGUAGAUGAAGCUGAGGAUGUGAGCGCAUUCUGCAAGAUUAGCUGCAUGCCCACAUUCCAGUUUUACAAGAAUGGAGAGAAGGUGGAUGAGUUCUCUGGUGCCAACAAAGCUACACUGGUUGAGAAACUGGCAGCUCUGAGAACAUAAAAACCGCAGUAGCCACUGAUACCUGUACACACCCAAGAAGAAAUUCCAGUUUCAUUUUAUGUAUGUUCUGUUGCACACAGGCAAUAAUUUAUUCCACUCAUCAUGUAUUGGUUACAUACUGUCGUCCUGUCGGUGUCUGUAUUAGCUAGAUAACCAGAUGACCACUUUUAAAAUUUUUUUUUUUUAUGACAAAUUUGGCUCCUGACCAACUCCUGAAGUUUCUUUGUAGUAUGUGUUCAACAAGGUGGAUUUAAUAAAUGAACUUGUAUCAAACACAA